AUGUUAAAUAAUCAUAGUCCUAUUGUUAGCAGUAGUUACAACAAUAAUAGCUAUAAGGAGAGGGAAGACAGCAGUAACACGAGCAGCGCCAUUCUCAGCAACACAAACAACGUACUGAACGAUACUGCUUGCAACAACGCUAUUACAACUACUACUAGCGCUACCACCACCACCCUGUUCUUGCCAGUGAUCGACAUUCAGAUGGAGACACUUUAUCCCCAGCCUACGGCCGCCUGUUCUCCGCCGCCACCGCCACCACCGCCGCCGGCAGUGGUUGGCACGCUGAGUAGUGCAGGGGUUGUGCCGACCACCGGUGUCCUACUGGAGAAGCCGGAUGUUGAGCCCGUCGUUGAACCAGACCAUCUGCACCAGGUUCCACCGGUCGUGGCUGCAGAAACGACCAACGACCUUAGCGAUGGAGCUGGUGCUCCUCGUCGCCCAUCGUGCUUCUCCGAGGAGUCGCGGCCACACCAACCGGGGAAGUGCGUCAAACAAGAACUGCUUGGCGAAGGGGGCGAUGUGAACGAUUACGCAGCCAUGAUCGCGAUCGUGACGACGGCUACGAAACACUCGGAGAACUGUUAG